UGCACCAUCACCCUCCCACCGGGUUUCCAACCCAGCCGUUGUUGGACGUGCCCUGUCUCUCCAGCACCCUCACAUCCGCUGGCCGACCCAUAAACUAAUUCCAUGCCUGUGUGUGUAGUGCUCCAAUCAAUUUCCAUUCCAAGUCAACAGUCUGGAAUUUUGGACCUGGGCCUAACCUGAACGAGCCCGCAUUACCUCCGCAUCCAUUUCCUCGCUACGCCCGCAACAGCGUAGCUCACUCUUUUUCCUCUACUUUCUUUACCACGUCACACAUCUCUUUCCUGCAAGACUUCCCAAUGGUUGCCCACAGACGCGGCCCUUGGUCGCAGCACGAGGACCAGUGGCUUGUCAACCUCGUAGCACGCAAUGGACCCCACAACUGGGUACGCAUUUCACAAGAGAUCGGCUCCCGGUCGCCAAAGCAGUGCAGAGAACGCUACCACCAGAAUCUCAAGCCAUCACUGAACCACGACCCCAUCACUGGCGAAGAGGGCGAACUGAUUGAGAAGAUGGUCGCUGAGAUGGGCAAGAGAUGGGCAGAGAUUGCACGGCGGUUGAAAGGCCGCAGCGACAACGCCGUCAAGAACUGGUGGAACGGUGGUCAGAACCGACGAAAGCGCAGCCCUGAGCGUCCAGACCAAAGGCCCCGCGAGCACAUGCACCAUGCUCAGCCUGGCUUCCACUACCCACUCCCUCACAGCCUUGCUCACCACGAAGAGCACCACCGCAUCGCCUCACACCACGACCAGCAACGACAUGACCGACAGUCGGUCCACUCGCCACAUGCGCUCAAACUUCCCCAGCCCCAACGGUUUGAGCCAUACCCAGCCCCGCGGCCUCAGCCUCUUGACAUUCCCACCUACGGAUCUCACACAGGCGUACGAGCACGAGGCUUCGAAACACCCAUGCCUUCACCUUCCGGCUACUCGAUCGUAUCAGCCGAUGGAGCUCCAUCCCUCAUCACCGACACGGGCUCAGAGUCCAGGUCCCCGCGGGGCGCAGCGUCCCCUCCAGACAUGACGCUUGCGCCAUUGGUGGGCAGCCGGGACGAGCGUAAGAACUCGAGCACUCGCUACCUGCCUACUACCGGAUUUGCACCAGAAGACGACUCGGCCAACGACCCCUACAGGCGGCGUGGCUCGCUGCAACUGCCUCCCCUACACCGCAACGACGCAUCCACUUCCAAGGCCCCAACUGCCUUCAGGGAGCCAAACUACGAGCGACCCCAGCCACCCCAGCUACUGACGCAACCAACACCCCAGCUCACACAUCAUCACUCGAUGCCCCAGUCUGCACCGACCAGUGUCCCUCAACGGCCGCUUCCUCCCUUCCACUCGCUCGCCGAACCCAAGCUGCCUCUGCCUCACUCGAGCAGCGCCAACAGCAGCCCAGCAUCAAGGCAGUUGCCAUCACCCUACGUUCUGCCGUCAUUACCAGCAGAGGCAAGAAGUGCACCCGUGUCGCCCAAGGACAGGAUGUCCCUGCGAAACAUCAUGUAG